GCCACAAACGCACACAAACUCAAGCGGACUGAUGCACACGCACUUGAGCUCCGUGAAUGCGGGGGACCCAAACUGAACGGGAAUGAUGCUCGGCGCACGUACACUGAGCCAGGGAUUGGAACGAAGGCCAGGUGUAGAAAUAGGCUUAUCGGGCAACAUAAACCCGGCCCCCGCAGGACCAGGGUUAAGUUUAAACAAAAUUUAUAAUUCUUUAGAUAGGUCUAAACUGAGACUAGGUCUAGAUCUGCACUUUUUUAGAUUAGAUGUUGGUUUUAAAUAGAACUUAAAUUUAGUGAGUGAAAUGUAAAACUUGGAGGAUGAACUCUUUCCAUGAGUGAAGAUGGGUAUUUAGGCCUAGUUUCAUUUUUUUUGGUAAUUAACUGCUUCACUGUUUCACGGCGUGUGGUGUACUUCCAUAAAUCGGGCCCUCCUUUGCACUGUAGACAUACAGUGUAUGCCGGGCAAUAUCGCUAUUUUGUUUCGUUUCCUACUCAGCCGGUAAUUGCAAUUUAGUAUCGAGAGUGGGCUUCCCUGAAAGCUUUAGUUUGCCCUAGCUAGACCAACAAUGACCGAAAUAGCGUGAAUUAUAGCGUCACCGAACAGUAACUCUCUCUCCGAGGUCUAGGGUCUCACUCUAGCUUCGAGCUAUGGCUGAUCACCCUUGAUGUAUGCUCUCAACAUAUCAAGCUAUCGAAGAAAUGUUUGCUGAUGAUGAUCGCUGUUCCUUCAUUUCCCUUUAAAAUGAUAUAGACAUUGUUAUGCAUUUGAUGCAUUACCACUGAGUAAUUAAUUAGCACUUUGAAAGGGUCACCCAUUAGUGUGCUAUUCCUGGAAACAAGGUCAGCAUAGGGCGGGAAAUAUAGAUCAGCAGUGAAGGGGUUAAUUUACUCAUGGACCCAUUUCAAACUCAGAUAUCCAGUGUAAUGCACUUUUCUUGUUCACUUUUAUUUUAUCUUUGUUUUACUUAAACACAAAUUUUGAUUUUAUAAUCCUCUGCAAAUCAUUAGUUCUUGAGAUAUAUGAAUGUUUUUAAACCAACUUUUGCAAGUGGCCCAAUUGCGUAAUCAUUUCACUAUUAUUUUUUUUUAAAUUGGGGUUUUCAGGGAAGGGGGGGGGGGGGUGGCAUGCCCCCUUACAUAAUAAUAAAUCUGGGGGUUCUAGGGGGCUUUCCUUCCUGUAUUUCACCAUAAUUUGAUGUUUUGCAAAAUUAGGUUUAAUAUUUUCUUGAAAACAAUUAUUUGCGAGGAUGUUAGUGGCCGUUGUUAUGUGGUCUGCAGCAAAAAAUAUUGUAGUUUAGCCCCCAAAACUGCAUUUCAGGUUUGAAAGUACAAAUUAAUCAUUUUUAAUCCAUGACAAGAGACAUUGAUGUUUCUAUGAGAUUGAAUGAGCUUUAAUGCAAGAGAGUACGUGUACAUUACACGUAUAGGUUGAACACAGAAAACUCAAAAUCACACGUCAAUCAAACUGCCUGCAGUCUCUUUUUUUUAACUUUUUUAUCUUUAAAAGAAAAUUAUUCAAUACUUGAACACAAACAAAGAAUAGUCAAACUAAUUGCACUGUCAUAGAAGUCUAAAGUCAAUGUCCUGUGAGGUGAACUUAAGACAAAAUAAUAGUCGUAAUAUUUUUACAAGUCAGAAAAAGGCAAGGUCAGUAAAAUACCACCUUCCCCCCUCCACAGAAGCAGCUAGCUGUGCUAUUUAGGUUUGUGUGGAGCGGGCAAGAGAAAGGGUUGUGGAUAACACAAUCAUCCGCCCCAAACCUCUUCUCAAAAGACUGCGCGCUUGGUGGGAGAGGCGGGGUUUUAUGGCAUCUGACAAGUAAAGAGAAGAGAUGGAGGAAAAAACCUACGCAGUUUUUACAGCAGAGUCUGUAAAUGCCAUGGCAGAGAAGGCUGGCAUGUCACCAGUGCCUCACGAAGCGGCUGCAGCUCUAGGGGAAGAUGCCAGUUAUCGUAUGCGACAAGUUAUUAUGCUUGCCACGCAGUACAUGAAACACUCAAAACGACGAAGACUGAGCGUCGACGAUUUCAAUAGGGCAGCUAAAGAACUUGGUGUUAUGCCGGUGUGUGGACAUGGCUCUCAAGAGCCAGCUCCAUUUCGGCUAGUGAAGGACCAGGAUGUGUAUUGCGUGGAUGACCCCGAGGUCAGCCUGUGUGAUAUUGCCCUGGGGACCUCAGUGCCGAAAAACAUUGGCCUCCCAUCUAUUAAAGCUCACUGGCUGGCUGUGGAGGGGACUAUUAAGAUCUGGUCUGGAGGAUCAUCCGCCUCGCAAGGGAAGGGCAACCGAGAGAUGUCUCCCACACAUCUCAACUACUACAACUGUAUGACCAAAGCACUGCUCAGUCAGAAAGCAGAGGCCAAGAAGAAAGCAUUGCUAGAUCUGAAGAGAAACCCCAACAUUGUGCCCAUGCUGCCGUACUUGGUCAACUUCGUUAUUAGUGGGAUCAAGAACAUGAGCCAUGACAUGGGCCACCUGACCACCAUGUUGAACACAAUCCGUGCCUUGCUGCAUAAUCGCUCCUUGUACCUCAUGCAUAAACCCUAUCUGGCCACUAUGGUUCAGGGCGUGGAGUUUUGUGUGCUGGAGCCCCUGGCAGCCUCUAUCAGCUCUUCUAAUGACCAGUGGGUGCUCAGAGACUAUGCUGCCAGAUUGCUAGCAGAAAUUGUCAAUCGCUGGAACAGCCCUCAGAACCACUUGAGGUAUAACACUAUCAAGUGCCUACGAGAAGCUCUGUACGACACCUCGAAGCCAUUCUACUCUCACUAUGGGGCUGUCAUGGCGUUCAUCGCACUGGGGCACAAGGCUGUAGAAGAUGUCGUGGUGCCUUACCUGGCCACCUACUGGCCUCACCUCAAGGCUGCCAUGGAGGACAGAGCGCGGGAGAAGAUUGUCAACCGAUGCGACUCGCACAAAGUCUACGGAGCUCUCAGGCUGGCUGCAGAGAAAAUUCUACGCAGGCAUGUAAGCUUGUUUAAGGAUCUUGCAACGGCUCGCAAAGAAAGACGGGAAGUCGCUGAGGUCUUAGACAUUGAUGAAAAUGAAACAGCUUUGGCCCCUGACUCUGUUGAAAGCACCAAUGCCACAGUCACAGCCACAAAGAAAUCCCCACAAAAGAGUGUGUUCGAACUGUAUAAGGAACUGUAUGAGUAUUUUGGGGACUCCCUAGCUCACUGUCUGCCCGUGGUAGAGACACACGAAGUGUUCCGACCGAUGCCAAGGGAGGAGAGGGUGGAGCUCGGAGACGCUAAUACAGGGAAGAGCGGAGAGGAGCUGUUGGACAAUCUCAUGGAGCAGAUCUAUCUUGAGGAAAAACUAGAGCAAGAAAGGAAGGAACGAGAACUCGUGGAACAAAAAGAGAGAGAAAAGCGGGAGAGGCAAAGGCUUGCCAGGGAGGCUAUCCUGAGGAAGAAGAAAGAGGAGGAGGAAAAAGUAAAGCGACAGAAGAGGGAGGAGGAUGAACAGAGAAGGCUGCUGGAGCUUGACCAGCAGAAACGUCUGCGGGAGGAAGAGGAGAGGAGACGGAAGGAGUGGGAAGAACAGAUCAAAGAACUCAAUAAGAAUAGGAGCAAGCCAGAGUGGCAACAAGAGAUUGAGCUGAGGAGGAUCCAGCUGGAGGAGGAGAUGCAGUAUAGCCGCAAGAUGGAAGCCAAGAAACGCCAGGAGGGACGGGUGCGCACAGACGAGGAGCACAAAGUGAAGAAACCGAAGCUGGAGGAGGACAUGGGCAAGGAUGAUGACGAGGACCAGGCGGGACGAAGCAGAGCUGGUCUCCGACGACGCAAGCCUGUCAACUACACAGAGAAGGACGAGGACAUCUCAGAUCUGUUUGAGGACAAACCCCUAGCAAUGCCACGGCAAAUUCCCCGCCUCAACCCCGCCCUGCCGCCACACUCAGACAUCUCUGACUUCUCUGAUGAGGACAUGAAGAAAGCAACGAGCAGCCCGGCUGAGGGUCUAGCAGUCAGCAAGGUCAUUGACCCUUCCAAAGGUCUGCUCAAACUGAAGAUCAAACGUGCGUCCACUCACUCGUCCACUCCACCUCACCCCAUGUCGGCAACACCCCAACACACCCCGUCCUCCUACCACUCUCCGUCCAUGCAGAGCCCCAUGUACUCGCCCCUGUCGGGCUCACACUCCACCCCACCCCCUCCCCCUUCCAGUUCUAUGCACCAUCGCAGCAAGAGUUCCUCAGGCUCAGAGAAAGAAUCCAAACAUAAAAAAGGCAGCGGUGGGGGCUGGCGACAGUCACGUGGGGGCAGUGCCGGAUUCCAAGACAUAUCAGACCCAGAGGAGAUCUUCUAUGAGAAACCCCUGGGUAGUCUCCCUCCUCAGCUCUAUUCCCCCGGUGCUGAAAGCAGUGGCUCCGACUCCAACCCACACCGCAAGGCGCUCAAGUUGAAACUGAAACUCACACCUAAAGAGUCAGCCUCAGAGGGAGAUAACUAAAUACUGUACAGUCAGUGGGUUUUCUCUCAGUGUUUUAUCAUGGGGCACAUCUACAAAAAUGUUGCUUUCCCAGCACAUUGUCUUGGAGCCUCCCACCACGGUUUUCUCUAGGUACAUAGAACCAUAUCUCCUAUAGAGAAAUGGACUUCUGAAAGCUCAUUUUAUUUGUCUUUUUCUGUCCUUUUGUUUCCCCUCUGUCUCUUUUUCUUGCUCACUCUUUUUUCUAUCCCCCUCCUCAUCUCAUCUCUACCUCUUCCCCCCCAUUUGAAAUUAAAAGUUGAUAGGCCUACUGUGUACUGUGCAUCGAACGAAUUCACAGCAUCUGCCAUUGGAUUUUGUUGAAAGGUUUCAGUGAAAGCAAGGUCCAAAAUACACAUACAAAUAUUUUUAAUUGGUAAAUUCAGAUAAUGUAGCUAUAUUAAAAGCUCGUCCUAAGUAUACCAAGUUACAGUGGCUUCCUCUUUGCUCAAGGCCAUCCAUUUAAAAGAUAAAAUGAUGCUUUAAGAAUAACUUUUGAUUCCUCGUUGAACUUUGAGAUUUUAAAAAUGCAAUGGUCAGUUUCCAUUUGUCUUUCUAAGUAAUUGUGAUUUACAAAGUUGCAGUCCCAUAUCUGAGGGAACUUCUUAUUUGAGACAAAGAGCAUUUUUUUCCAGGGACAGGAGAUGUUAUGCGUGUGUCUGGGACAUAUAUGCCUUGGAUCACUCAGAAUGGCUCACUGUCUCUGUUAGGUUAGUCAUUGCUAAUAAUGAUAUGAGCAAUGUGCUUAUAAUUGGCCACGAGCAGGCCAAAUGAUGUAUGCUAAGACUAGAAUGGUAAAGAUUAUUGAAGGAGAAAAAACGCACCGAGACACAUUAGCUAUUUGGUUUGGUCCUAGAUUGUUCAUUUUUGGUUGGUGCAUUUGAAGUAUUUUGUUGAUUUUAAGGAAAAGGGCGUUAUUUGAAAUUGCUGAUUUUGGGGUAGAUUAUGAGUUUCCAGUUGCUUGCUGGUUAGUGAUGUUCAUUCACUUCUGUAUCUGCAUAGUAGUAUGAUUGCCUUUGAAAACUCGAAUUCAACAAACACUUGGAUUCAACAAAAAGAGAUGGAUUCCCCAUUUUUUUUUUUUUUUAAUUCAUUAAAAUCAAUAAAAACAACUCUUUUUCAACGAACACAUAAAUGAGCAAGUUCAGAUUCAAUGUAGUCGCUUACGGGGUGAACAGCCUCCGUUGAUAUGGCUUUGCUCAUUUUUCUCAGGCAACAAAUUCUAUUUAUUCCUGGAAACUAUCCUUGGUAUCUGCAUCUUGAACUAUUCCUCGCUUAGCCUAUUGUUUAUAUAUUAUGCAACCAAUCAACUACCUUCUUUCAUACCGAGACAUGCGUUUUUGGCACACACACACACGUGUCUUGGCGUGUGAGGGGCGGCCAGCACACGUGUCACGUGUGACUCUUUGUGGGUGCGUGUGUCUAGGGGGAGCGGGCACACGCAGUCCUAGUGUGGAACAUCGGUGGUCAGUAGAGAUAUGAACACGUUACAGUACUCACAGUCAUGUUUUUUCCCCCGGCUACUGAUCAAUAUAUUACAAUGAUAUGCUAGUCUGAAAUAGAUCCACGUAAUGAAAUGCAUGCUGGUCUGUGGAAUCAAACGUUGCCGUAUGCUGUAUACACAGACACAACUUGUUCGGCAAACAAUACGUCAUAGAUAAUUAUUGAUGACACGUGUGCAUUUGAGCUAAUUGGAUCUUUCGCACAGUGUGUGCUUGGUAGAGUUUGGUGUACUUUCCUGGAAUUUUCAGGCAUUUCUUCAGUAUGACAUCAAAGAAACGAAAAUGCCUCAUUUGAAACUAAACUACUUUUGAUUAGGAAAGUCGAAUACAUCAGCUCUACUUUACUUGCUCUGUGCCCUUAAUUAUCUACACAAAAACCUCAUCGUGUUUAGUAUAACGAACACUCGGAUUCAACUAAAUUGAAUGUGAAGGUCAGGACCAGCAACUUUGUUGAAUCUGAGUUUUACGGUAUGAAGGCCAUGCAGCAAAUGUAAAAAUUUCUUACAUGUAGUGCAAGUGGAAGGGCUUUUUUCUCAGAACAGCAUUUUUUUUAGGAGUUAUUUUUCUACUGCUCCUUUUUAUCUUCAUUCUAUUUGCACGAAACUUUCUAGAAGUCUUGGCUCAUACAAAGUUGCACACAGUAAGAAAUGGCAGCAAUUAUUUAAUUUACAACUGAUUGCAUAUAUGAAAAAUGAAUUAGGAGCACAACUACAUAUUUUGGUCAGGAAAAGUCCCACAGUAAUUUUCCUUGGAAAUCUAUCACAAAAUUUUACAGCAUGAAAAUUUAUAAUGAAUGUGAACACUCUUGCCAGGUUUGGAAAAAAAUGGUCAACAAAUACAAAGGCCUUGCUUUAACUUUAAGGAUCUGUUUCAUAUUGUAUAUUUUCAAGAUUACCACCAUUUCCACACUAAGCAUAAAUCAAAAGGCCUAUAUAAUUAUCUCUCCAUUUCUAAGUCAUGUUAAUAAUUGUUAAUAAAUUUUUAUCUCAGGUUUUUAAUACUGUGUAUGCAGUGAAGGUCUCAAGAGUAGCCCUACCCUUUUAUGAAGGGGAAAAAACCCUGAUUUCUUCUCAUUUCAAUUCAAUAAAUAUAAAUAAAAUUGCAACGAUCUCCUGUAUCAGAUUGUGUUUAUAUGAGUCUCAGACAUAGUUAUUGUACUUAAGCUGAGAGGUCUCCCUUGUCCACAUGAAAAAAAAGCCUCCAUAGUGGUCAUCCUUUUUUUCACCUUCUGUAUUUUUUCUUUUUAUGUAGCCUACCUAGACUUUGUCCACUUGUGAACAGAAACAUGUCUGUUUUAAAGUAAAGAUGAUAUUGGCAAACAAAAAGAGGAUUUGCAAAAAAAUGUGAUUAUGCAAAAUCUAUGCUGUUCCUGAGAUUAUGAAGAUUUGAUGGAGAGAUGCAUUCUCUUUCCCCUUCCCCCCACCUCCCCCAAAGCAUAUGUUAUGUCUGCCCACAUGUGCUUGAAACUUGAUCUGGUUAGUGCGCAAUGGGAACAAAUGGAAUUUACAUGUUAUUUAUAUAUAUAUAUAUCUGAUGUGAAACUGAGUCGAGUGGGAGAAAGUUUGAUGAAUAGGUGUUAAGUCAUGUUUAUGUCAGUGUCCAUGGUUGGUUGAGUAUGUUUUGGCUUGUGUCUGUGUGAUCAUGAAGUGAAUGAUUCAGGGCUUUGAGGCCUUAAAUAAAAUAUUCCAAUUUCAA